GUGUAGUGUGUAAGUGUGCGUGUGUUUUGGGCGCAAGGUAGCAAUGUUGUAUUAGUUGUUUGGUGCAAAACAGUAUAUCAGACAUGAAUUCAACUGUAUCAUGUAUUGUGUUCAGCUUUUAUGUGAAAGUGCCGUCAUGCAGGACAAAAAAUGAUUUGCUUUGACGAAGAAGAAUUUGCGUAAAUGUUAUGAAAUCUGGUUAAUAGUACCGCAAUGGCGGACGAAAAGUGGUAUUUUUCUAAAGAGCAACUAGGAAACACACCAAGCAGACGAUGUGGAUAUGAUAUGGACAAAGAAUUAUCGUAUAGACAACAAGCAGCGAACUUUAUUCAGGAUAUGGGUCAAAGGCUGCUUGUUACUCAACUAUGCAUCAAUACAGCAAUUGUAUACAUGCACCGUUUCUAUGUGUUUCACUCAUUCACGCAUUUUCACCGCAAUGCAAUGGCUGCUGCAUCAUUGUUUUUGGCAGCAAAGGUGGAAGAACAGCCAAGGAAGCUGGAACAUGUUAUUAAAGUGGCACACAUGUGUUUGCACAGAGACCAUCAGCAACCAUUGGAUACCAAAUCUGAGCAAUAUAUGGAGCAAGCUCACGAGUUGGUGUUCAAUGAAAAUGUGUUACUGCAAACUCUUGGAUUUGACGUAGCAAUUGAUCAUCCUCAUACACAUGUUGUUCGUUGCUGUCAUAUGGUCAGAGCCAGUAAAGAUCUUGCACAAACAUCAUACUUCAUGGCUUCUAACAGUCUCCAUUUGACAACGAUGUGCCUUCAAUACAAACCAACUGUUGUGGCGUGUUUCUGUAUUCACUUGGCUUGCAAGUGGUCAAAUUGGGAGAUACCUCAAUCAAAUGAAGGAAAAGAUUGGUUUUGGUAUGUGGACAAAACUGUCAGUCUUGAUCAGUUGGAACAGCUGACAGCAGAAUUUUUAGUAAUUUUUGACAAAUGUCCAACAAAACUGAAACGGAAGAUAAUGAGUAUCAGUGCUUCUCAAACAGCACCAAUUCCGCCGACUAUGGGAGGCUCUCUUUUCGAUUCAGAACCUCGGAAAGUCAAGCCAUCUGAAGGAGCCAACCCAGCAGGAGAGGGUCUUGGUUUCCAGCAGUAUGGCCAAGCAGAGCUUAAACAUGCAUAUAAUGCAAUUAAAGAGGAGAACAAAAAUUCUACUACCACAUUUCUACCAGUGAGUGGAGGUGGAACCAAGCACGCAGAGGUACAGUCACGUGAAACUAACUGGGAUCAUCGGGAGAAACGUGAGCGUGACCGUGAUCGAGAAAGAGACAGGGACCGUGACCGUGACCGUGACCGUGAAAAACAGGACAGAGAUAAGAGUGGGACAUCAACGAACAGGGAAGUUCCUCAUCACCAUCACCACCAUCACCACCACCACCACCACACCAGCAACAGUGGAGGAUCUUUGGCACCGUCAUCAAAUGGCCCCCAUCACAACAAGUCAAGUUCAAAUCAGGCUCUGUCAUCUCAGUCACAUCAUCCGAAGCAGGUGUCUUCACGGAAUGAUGUUCCCAUACGACAGUCUACAUCUUCAGCACGUGAUGCAGCACGUCGUGAACAAGCCCACAGCAGGGAAAGUUCAAAGCGGGAUGUGUCUGUAAGAGGUACAAGUGAACACAAGUUCAUACAACCAUCUCGCCAUGAAACCUCAGAGACAAGAAUGCAUAAUACCUCACUACAGCAGGAGCUGCCAGUAUCGUCAACUGGUCAUAUUAAAAAAGAACCACGUUGUAUUGAGCUGACAGCAGAGUCGGUUGUUCAAGGAAAUGAAACGGAUGAUAUUAGAUCAUCAGUUUCUGAUAGUAAGCAUUCUAGUAACACAUCAUUAUUCGCAAACUCGUCAAAAGAUGGGAUGAUGACUAUGUCGACAGAAAGUAAAAAUAUUCAGGCAGAACAUUCAAAAUAUACCCAGAAUACAGAUGCUACGAGACACAGGGGUUCAAAUGAAAACAAAAACAUUCUCAAUUUGGUUCACAGUAGUGGUGAUGUACGUGUUAAGGAACUAAUGAGAGCUGCUGGUCCAGCUGAUAGUGAUUUGUCUUCAAAUAUGUGGCAAGGUCCGUCACAGAAGAGUCACAGUGAUGCAGCUUCAGAUCAGCACAAACAUCAACACAGUCACAAACAUUCUGGAUCUGAUAGCAAACAUCGUAGAUCUAAUUUUGCUGAUUCACACAGUACUAUUGCUGACAUGUCAGAGCGAAGAGCAGAUGGCAGGAACAGUUCUGAAGUGUCAAAAUCCAAUAUUCUUGCUUCUCAGCCAGGAAAAAACGAUGUGAGAACAGAGCUUAAAGGUGAUCGUAAGUUGGAAAUGCCUUGUGAUGUGAAGUAUGAUAGACCAGAAAGGUGUGAACCUAAACAGGAACAGAUACAGAAUAGAGAUGACCACAAUGAAGACACUGUAACAAUAGCACCAACUAAAAAUGUAUCUUCAAAAUCACAGCAAAGUUCUGCUUCAGUUAGUUAUAGCUCAGAGAAGUCUAGUCACAAAACUCACCACAGAUCCUCAAGUCAUACAUCUCGAGAAAAAUCAUUGUCUGGGCAACUUCAGGUACAUUCUCAUGGACAGGGUACAUCCCCAGGCAAGAGUCAGAAAUCUCUCUUAAAAGUGAAAUCGAGUGGACAUUCGUCUAGCAAUAAAGCAGAUACAUUGCAGGUACCGAGCAUUAGUGUUAGUCAUUCCUCUAGCCGAGUGGAUGUGUCAUCCGCGUCUUCUCAGGUUUCAAGUGGAAAAAAUGAUCAGUUCGCAGUUAAUGGUCUUCCUGUUGCAAUUUCUGGAGAAAGUAAAAAGAAGAGGUCUGAGAAAGAUGUGUCACCAGCAAAACUGUUACAGGUUGAACAUGAAACUGAAACAGUUAAGCAUAGUCCAUCAAAUUUGUCCACUCCCAGCAAGCAGUUAGGAGGAACCUCUCAGAAGACACACAGUUCAGAGAAAACCACACCAACAAGAGAAUCGCCGCACACGCCUCGUGUGGCGAAAUCCAAGCAGCGUACACCAUCAUCUGCAAGAAAAGUUCCUUCACAGCCACCUGAUACUACUCAGAUACAUUUUGGGUCUCCACCUCUAGUUGCCCCAAGCACUCCUGGAAAGAGUAUCUCAUCGGGAACCUCAAAUCAAAGCCAUAACCGUAACAGAACAAGUAGUUCAAGCAGUGAGCCUGAAUUAGUGCCAGUGGUUAAGAAGCUAGACGAGAUAGCAGGUUAUGAAAACAUAAUCAGAGAAGCAAAGAUGGGAAUUAAACUACCGGGUAAAGCAUCAGAGGCAACUCAGUCAGUUCGUGAAAAGAAGAAAGAUGAAAGUGGAAUGAAAGCUACAUCUAAGAGUAUGCCUGCAUCAAAGGAUGCAAAACCUACAAAUAUUGUUCGACAGUUUCCUAGUCACAUGGUGGCAGAGUCACAAAAACCGUCUAUCACUAGUGAUUUGGGAGCAAUAGCAUUUCCAUCACCAGCAGCAGAAAGUGCUGGUGGUUUCUCUGGUGCACUUAUCCAUGACCUUAAUCUUAACAAUAACAACAUGUUAGAUGUUGUAACAUUGCUCGAUGUUCCGUAUGAGAAGACUGUGACACUGACUUCAGAAGGGAACCACGUCGACACUCCUGUAACAUCUGAAGCGACUGAUGCCGAUGACUCAUUGUUAAAAAAGGUGUCGGAACAUCAUAGAAGUGACAAAAAGAAGAAAAAAGAAAAGCACAAACAUAAAGAUAAAAGAGAUGAGAAAAAACAUAAAAGUAAACACAAAAGUAAAGAUAAAGAACGCUACAAAGUGGAGCAGCCUGAAUCUAUUCCAGCAGCUGCUGUUCCGAUUAAAAUAACAAUACCAAAAGGAAAGAUACAGAGUAGUUCAUUGGAACAAGCAUCUACCAGUUCCGGAUCUGGAUCAGAACUGAAACUGAAGUUAGGGCAAAAACUGAAAAUUGCCAGAGACCAGUUAAAAAAGCUAGAUGUACCUAGUGAUCCUCCACAAACUCUGCCAAAUACCCCGUUAAAAGUGAAGAUUCCUCAAGCUGCUCCUAGUGGUCCUCUGAAGAUUAAAAUCAGUUGUAACAGUGAUAGUGGCAGUGCGACGAGUUCUUCGACUCCUGUAAAAGACAAUCGAAAACGUGAGUGGACCGCUUCCAAGUCAGAGAUGAUAAAUCAGCCGCCUCACAAAACUGCACGUGUGACGACACCAGAGUCGUCAAAAAAAUCUACGGGUAGCAAGCACAAUGGGGCCGAAUUGCGAUCCAGCAGAGGGCCUCAUAGUACUAAGGUGAUGCCAAAGCCUGUGAGCACCAGUGUGAUGCACGCGAAAGGAGAAAAUGCAUCAGUUGAUGAAGAGCAAUAAUGCAGUUGUGCUUUCAAAAACAAAUUCUUUAGAAUUUCUUAUAUUGAAUUUAGCUAGCUGUUGAAUUAAACAGAUAGAUCACCAAAAGUGUUUGAUUUCUUUCCUUGUUUUUAUUUUUGUAUCUUUUAUUGAACAAGAAUGACUUUGAAUCGUGUAUUUUAAAAUAUGAUUGAAAGAGGUAUCAGGGAGCUUCUUCAUUGCUUGUAUCUGUCUUAAUUUAAUAGUGCUAUCAGCUUUUAUUCCAUUCAUUCAUCUUUAUAUGCUGUAUUUUACCCUCAAAUACAAAGUAAUUCAUAGACAUGUGUAUUCAUACAAAAUGGAAUGUACAGAUUGUCUUCAUGUUUUUAAGGUAAUUGAUAUGGAAAUUGUACACAUUAUUUAUUUAUUUGCUCCAAAGUCUUUUGCCUUCAUAUUAUUAGGAAGAUUGUUUUAAAUGCCUUUUUAUUGACAACAAAAUGGCUAUUAAGAUGCAACUUUUAGAUGAUGGAGUAUGCCAAAUUAAAUUUGGUGUGAUAACCCUGCUCAUUGAUUAAGAUGAAUUAUUUGUGCUAGUGUGUGUGUGUGUGUGAGAGAGAGAGAGAUAUGUGUGUAGUUUUCUGUUUUGUAUUUUAUUGCUACUCAUGAUUUAUAUAAAAUACUUUUCUUCCUUUCUGAUUUUUGUUACCGGUAACAACUUUUGAGCAAAUUGUAUGAGGAUUACUAUUAGAAAGCCACAGUGAUCACGUGACACUACAGUGUUACAUUGCCAUGCAGUUAUUUGACACACAUUGUAAUUAUCUGUUACUUCGCAUAGGUGACUUCCUAUUUACGACAUAUCCAAGUGAAAAAUCUGUACUGUUUGCAGCUGUAUAUAUGUUGUAACAGAUAUCACACAAAUGAUAUGGGAGGAAUUACCUGUUAUUAGGCUAUAGUUAGAGUUUCUGUCACAUGAAAACGGUAGUAGAAUACUGUAAGUUAAGGCUUAUAAUAAUAAUUUUCAUUCAGAUAAUUUAUUUUGUUGCUAUGUUAUGUUGCAUUUUUGUAUCUGAAUAUAGUCAGUGCUGCGGAUAGUAUUAUUUUGUUGUUGUUGUUGUUUUUGUUGUUGCUGUUGCUUUUAAUUUUUAAAAUUAACUUAGUCAUCAGCUCACUACCACCUCCAGUAUAAUGUCUGUGAACUGUUGUUCAGAUAAAGAAUUUAUUCAUCUCAUAAGAUAAAAUUAGGAACUGCAAUGUUUUGAUCUGUGCUAAUUUAAAGAUUUCAACCUGGUGCCCAUAAUAUUGAUGUACUAAAUACUUAGUCAUUCAAGAUUGACAAUGUUAGUUUUUCAGUGUUACACGGUAUAUUACUGUGUGAUAGAACUGUGAUGUAUCAUGCUAAUGUCAAUGAACUUUCAUGUACACUGUAACUUUUUGUUCUCCUUGAUUUUGGUGUGUCUAUUUCAGUUGAUAGUGUUCUAUGGGUGUUAUAUGUAUUAUUAUUAUUAUUAUUAUUAUUAUGUUUAUUUCAUGGGCUUUCCUGCUUUUCUACAAUGUACAUUCUGUAUGCGAUUAACCAUUUGCUGUUGGGUAGACCUUGUAAACAUUAUUGGGCAUGAUCAAGAGGACCUACAAAGAUUUUUAACAAAAAGUAAGAAUGUAAAGAGUUGAAUGUUUUUAAAUUGAACUAGCCUCUGCCCAAAAGCAUUACCUCAGCACAGCAUUUAUUCCCACUCAUAUCACUCUGUUUUCAAGUUUUGUUACAUACUAUGCAUGUAUACCAAUAAUUAAAUCAGUAUCUUAAGAGCAAUGACUAUAAUAUUCAGGGAAUUUUGUGCUUUACGGGAGACUAGCGCAGGUAUGGCAGUACUUGGAUGAACAAAUAGUUGCAAUGCUUUGCAGAAUCCCUCUUGUACAUACUUUUGUGCUGUAAUGAGCACCCUUGUAGUCUUCUGUCACUCUAAGGAACACUUUCUUGAUUAUCAUUUCCAAUGUUUCCGAUAUUCUUUGUGACUCACAUGAUCAAAUCAUUGAGAAAAGGCCCCCUCCCUCCCCCCACACACGGACUGGUAGCAACAGCAGCAGGAGGAGGAGGAGGGGUGGGGGGCUAUAUAGAUGUGGAAUUUGCUUAGGUGGCAAUAUUGUCUAGUGCUGUUAUGUACCCCAUGACGUGUGAAAGAGAAGGGUGAGGAAAUGAGUGUGAAUGAUGUAUCUGUUUCAUUUCUACAUACUCUUACCUGCCCAAUUUGUCAGGUUUCACAAUUCUUGUGGCUCAUUUCAGUUCAAAGAUUUGCUGUGACAGUAAAAGUGUGACAUUGUAUAUUAGAAAAUUGCUUCAAUGAAUUUGUUUCAGGUUUUGUCAAAUUUCAUUAACAACAGAGUCUGUGUGAGUAAAAAAUUCCACCAUUGGUGUAAAUGCUCCGAAGAGAGUUGCUAAAAAUGACAAACCUACAGCAUAAUCUAGCAGCUGCUGCAUGAUAAAUGACUUUUGAUUAUGCAUCUGUUUUAUCUGGAAAUCAGCCAAGAAACAUACUAUAUUUCAUUCAGUUAGAAUCACUGCAUUUGAAUGACAAGUAAAAAUAUUUUGUACAAUGUA